ACGACCAUCAUCUUUUUGAUCCCUCCUUUGGACUCCGAGUCCAUUUUUCAGAGAUGUCUACCAGAAGUACCAAAGAUUUAAUUAAAAGUAAGUGGGUAUCAAAGCCUAGUAACUCCAAAUCUGAAACUGCAUUAGAGAAAUUUAAGGGAGAAAUUGCAGCCUUAAAAACAUCGGUGGAUGAAAUCAUGGGCGGAAAAGGAAAGCUGACUGAUAAAGAGAGACAAAGACUUUUGGAGAAAAUUCGACUACUUGAAGCAGAGAGCGAGAAGAAUGCUUUUCACCUCAUAGAGAAGGACAAAGAAAUACAGCGACUCAGAGACCAGCUGAAGGCCAGAUACAGCACUACUGCAUUGCUUGAACAGCUGGAAGAGAAAACAAAGGAAGGUGAAAGGAGGGAGCAAUUGCUGAAAUCCUUAUCCGAAGAGACAGAAGUAUUGAAAAAACAGCUGUCUGCUGCGACAGCAAGACUUGCUGAACUUGAAAGCAAAGCCAGUACACUUCAUUUAUCACAGACUGUGGCUGCAAACUCCAACUCAUCAGUGAGUAAUAUUCAUGACAUAGAAAUACAGCUGAAAGAUUGGCUGGUAUAUGAUCAGCAGCGAGAGGCCUACGUGAAAGGACUUUUGGCAAAGAUCUUUGAAUUGGAAAAGAAAACGGAAACAGCUGCUCAUUCACUCCCACAGCAGACAAAAAAGACUGAAUCAGAAGGUUAUCUUCAAGAAGAGAAGCAAAAAUAUUACACCCAUCUCUUGGCAAAUGCAAAAAAAGAUCUCGAGGUUGAACGACAAACCGUAACUCAGUUGAGUUUUGAACUUAGCGAAUUUCGAAGAAAAUAUGAAGAAACCCAAAAAGAAGUUCAAGAUUUAAAUCAACUGUUGUGUUCGCAAAGAAGGGCAGAUGUACAACAUCUGGAAGAUGAUAGGCAUAAAACAGAAAAAAUACAAAGACUCAAGGAGGAAAAUGAUAUUGCCCGGGGAAAACUUGAAGAAGAGAAAAAGAGAUCCGAAGAGCUCUUAUCUCAGGUCCAGUUUCUUUACACGUCUCUGCUAAGUCAGCAAGAGGAACAAACACGGAUAGCUCUGUUGGAACAACAGAUGCAGGCAUGUGCUUUAGACUUUGAAAAUGAAAAACUUGACCGUCAAAAUAUGCAGCAUCAGUUGCAUAUAAUCCUUAAGGAGCUCCGAAAAGCAAGAAGUCAGAUAACACAGUUGGAAUCCUUGAAGCAACUUCAUGAGUUUGCCCUCACAGAGCCAUUAGUUGCUUUCCAAGGAAAGAAUGAAAACAAAGUAAAAGUUGCCUCACCAAAAAGUCCCACUGCUGCACUCAACGAAAGCCUGGUGGAAUGUCCCAAGUGCAAUAUACAAUAUCCAGCCACUGAACACCGAGAUCUGCUUGUCCAUGUCGAAUACUGUUCAAAGUAGCAAAAUAAUUAUUCUUUGUUUUUGUGUCAAAAGAUUUAAUACUGUAUCUUGUGUUAGCUUGUGGACACUUUGAGCAUAUUUCGCCUUCUGUAUAAGAAACUGCCUGUCUACCUUUGACACUCUGGCAUAUAAAUGAAUCAUUGGAUUUUUUGUUCUGCUUUGCAUUUUCCUUGGCAGUGAUACCUCCCUGAGAUGGUUCAUCAUCAGGCUGCAAUGACAAAAUGUGGUGAGCAGUGUUCACUGAAACUACUCACAUUUUGCACUGUUAAAGUACUUGAUGAAGAAAAGAUAGUUCAGGUUAUUGCUUAUGGGUUAUUGCAUAGGCAAGCAAAUAUUUUAUGUUUUGUGACUUUUA